AUGGAUACACAGAAGUAUCUAGGAGUGGUCUGGGACUCUGGCUUAACAUGGGUGCCACAUUUGCAGCAACAGAGAGCAAAAACCUCCGCUAUAGCCAGAAUGACACGGAAAUUUCAAGGAAGGAAUUGGGGACUAAAUCCCCACAUUCAAAAAGUGCUUUAUAGCACGGUGGUGGAAAAGAUUGCGCUGUACGCAGCUGCAAUCUGGGCUCAACCGAUGACAACGAGGAAAAUCAAGCAGUUAACAUCACUCCAACGCCCUUUUGUCAUAAGCAUCUGCAGGGCAUACUGCACAACAGCCACGAGCUCCGCCCUUACUCUAGCAGGUAUAGUCCCUCUACACAUCCAGGCCGAGCUAGAGGCGACAUAUACGAGAGUCCUUCACUUGAGGAAAGACGCCUCCUUCGCAGGUACUCUCUACAGUCCAGCACUUUAUGAGCACCCCAAGACACCGCUGCACACACAUCCAGCGCAUAAAGGACUAGGGGUCCACACCCACAUCAUGCAACAGCCCAACAAGGAAAUACAGCACAUCAGCAACCAUACACUUUACACUGAUGGUUCUAAACAUGCUGAAGGCGUUGGCAGUGCUUUCCUGCACUGUUGGCAAAGCCAAGAAUUACAUCAUUGGAAAGGCCACCUAGGUGACAGCAAUAGCGUCUUUCAGGCAGAAGUGAUAGCAAUUACAGCUGCUGUUGAAUAUCUAAUAAGCCGAAAAAUCUCAAAAGCUUAUCUCUAUACGGAUAGUAUGUCUGCCUUGCUGGCCCUAAGCAAACACAACCAUGUUUCCCCGUUGAUCAUCCGCCUUCAAAAACUCUUAAAAGAUAACCCACAGGUACACGUGGACAUGACAUGGGUGAAAGCUCACGAAGGCAAUGCAGGUAAUGAGGCAGCGGACGUGCUCGCCAAAGAGGCAGCCUCAAACAUCAACGCACGUCCCAUCGCUGUUCCGGCGCCACCUUCCCAUCUUAAAAGACUGCUGAAAGGCGCAGCAGUCCAGUGGUGGCAAAGAGUAUGGGAACAUGGAAACACAGGAAGAAGAGUGUAUGGUUUUCUACCGAUGGUGACAACGGAGAGACUCAUAGCAAACGCUCCACUUACUAACUUUGUAACUGGGCACGGUCCCUUCCCGGACUACUUCAACAGACGCACUAUUUCUAAUACGGAUCGCUGUGUAUGCGGGGAAGAGGGGACACCCGAUCACUAUAUCUUCCGGUGCCCACUCACAGAACAGCACCAUUUCCCGGAACCCACGAACAUACCUGCCUUCCACAAGUUUAUCCUUAAAAAUAAAGCGGCAAUCAACACAGUGUGCAAAAUCGUUAACACCAUUAAGGCCUACGGCCAAGACCUUUGCCUCCCAUUAUAA